AUGGAACCAUACUCAGACGAACCGGUGUCACCACUGGCACCGAGCGCCGCCGUCAACUCGAAGAAGCGGAGUCGUGCCGAGACAAGCGGUUCUUCUCCAAUAGAAGAGACAGCGCAAAGUCGCUUCCCACCUCCCAAACCAGCCGAGGCCAAGUUUGUUGCGGACCAAGCGGCGCCAGCGGGCGCAAAGAAGGGACUCAACGACCACCGUGAUGCGCAACUAGAGCCUAAUUCCUCGGUUCUAAGACGCCCGUCCGCAGUCGCCGACGACGGCGCAUCUUUCUUCUCCCACACGGAUAGCGCCUACUCUGAACCGCAUUCCGCAUCCGUGCCAGUCCCAGGCGUGCCCGAAGGACCACGCGGGAGUCUAUCCCCGCCUUACAUGUUCACGAACCCCCGCGCUCAAGAACAGCAGCAAACGUCCAACCCCGAGCACGGCGGGUCGGGAGAUGCGGAAGAGGAGGGGGUGGCCGAAUAUGAUGAACAGCAAGAGGAAGAGGCAGCCGUCGCACAGGCAGAGGAUGGCAGUAUCGUUGUGGACAGCGAUGACCUGGCUACCGAUGAUGGCUACGGAUCGGACGGCAACACGACGGCGUCAACCUCGCUUGCGGAGAGCGUGCGGGAUUACAUUUUUGAGAAUGGGCGGCGAUAUCAUCGGUUUCGGGAAGGGAGGUAUAACUUUCCCAAUGACGACGUUGAGCAACAACGUGAAGAUAUGAAGCACGCCAUGGUCAAGAUGCUUUGCGGACAGCUUCACUUUGCGCCGAUCGGGGAUCAUCCCAAUGAGAUUCUUGACAUUGGAACGGGGACGGGAAUCUGGGCUAUUGAGAUGGGGGACGUGUUCUCGGCCGCAAACGUGUUGGGAGUCGACCUAAGUCCGAUCCAACCCGAGUGGGUGCCACCGAAUGUGCGGUUUAUGGUGGAUGAUAUAGAGAGCCCAUGGCUUCACCCACGCAAUUACUUCGAUUACGUCCACUCCCGACAUACCAUUAUGGGGAUCAAAGACUGGCCCAGAUUGAUGCGUAGAUGUUUAGAACACCUCCGACCCGGCGGCUGGUUCGAAAUGCAAGAAGUCUUCCACUUCCCCCUCUCAGCCUCACGCACCCGGCCGCUUCCGCCCGACCAUCCAGUAGUCCAAUACUGGACGCUGAUCAACGAAGGCCUCACCAACCUCGGUAUCACCAACUUCCACGGGGCCGCCAACGGACAGCUAGCGGCCAUGAUGCGCGACGUCGGCUUCGUCAACGUCACCGAGCGCGUCCUGCAGAUCCCGCUCGGUACGUGGCCCAAGAACAAGGUGCUCAAGACCGUUGGCCUGUACUGGCGCACUAUCCUCGUCGACGGCAUGCAGGCCAUUGCGCUGGGCCCGCUGACCCGCGGCUGUGGAUGGACGCAGGCGCAGGUGGAGUUGUUCCUGACACAGGUGCGCAGGGCGUAUCAGGAUAAUGGGAUGCUGGCAUAUAUGCCGCUGCAUAUUGUCUAUGGGCAAAAGCCGGAGGGGUAUUAG